UGUUGGAACUUCUUCUUCGACCCGCCUGGCAGACGGCAAUUAACCGUCACCUCGUCCGUCUGCUCUUCACGAGCUUCCUCACGCACGCUCAAGCGCAUUUAAAACUAACGUGGCGUACCUUUCAAUAAAUCCAGUGUGGUCAAACCCCCUAUAGUGGGUGCGAGCCAUAUUUUGACAACAGAAGAAGAAGAAGAAGAACGUGCCGUAAGUUGUUCAUUUCCUCCAGUUAGCUUUACCAAUUUUAGUAUUUCAUAAAGAUUGCCUAAUUUCAUCCAAAUCUCCGCCGAUCCCCCACAGUGAGUGUGCGCCAUAGCUCAAGGAAUACCAUACCGUACCAUACCAUACCAUACCAUACCAUACCAUACCAUACCAUACCAUACCAUACCAAUGGGUGUGCGCCAUCGCAUAAGCAAUACCAUAGCGUACCUUUCUUGAACAAGACAGCGAGGUAGGCGGCAGACCCAGAGGUCCAACACAGGCCCGCUUCUGAGCGCCAUGCAAAGGACCCAGCAACUGCUGCUGCUGCUGUGCGUGUUCGUGGGUGGAUUGAUCGUCGGUGCCCAAUAUAGACUAAACGUGAGCCAUGGCCACGACUCUAUUGGGCAGCAGCAGCGGUGGCACUCAACGACUAUUCAGAAAACAGUAAGAGCGUCGCCCUACUUCACCGCAGACGGCGCCGACUGGGUGGACGCGUGGGUAAAAGCGAGCGCCAACGUGUAUCUCUACUCGGCCUACUUCGACCCCCGGUUGGGCGCCAACGCGACCGUGGUGCGCGUCUUGGGACACAUGCGUCUCAAUCCGAGGCUGAAGGUGAACUGCUCCUGCCUCAUCGACGACCGGACCGAGAAGCCUGCCCAGCCUGUCGUCGCCGAAGUGGAGUAUCUUCAGGACCACCACAACGCCAAGUACGGCGGCGUCUUCAUCAACUGCCCUUACUACGCGUCGAACGACUCCGAGACACCACGGACUGUGCGCGUGACCGUUACCGGAGCCGAGGUUGGCACGUCUGCGAGGAUGCCGGUCCACUACAGGGAACGCUCUUCCAGCGUACAAGAACUGGACUCACUCGCGCUCUGCGUCCGACCUUUCUACGGCGGAGUGCCUAAGGUGCACGACCUGAUGCACUUCCUGGCCUACCACUCGCUCCACGGUGUCCAGAGGUUCACCUUCUACGCCGACACUUCCAGCCAAGAGGUGAACAAGUACCUGUGGACGCUUCGAGACCGCUUGAAAAUCGACUUCUUCGCCUGGUCUCUACCCGCUGCCAAGAAGUCUUGGGCCCUGGCUCAGAGCGUCUUCACGCAGGACUGCCUGUACCGGCACAUGAAUGCUUCGCGACGGGUUCUGAUCGUCGACCUCGACGAAUUCGUGUUUCCGCUUCCCGUGCGCGGCAGGCCCCGAACCAUAGCCGAACUUGUGGCCACGCUUCCGGCGUACAAGACGUGUCUCCUGGUGCGCAAUGUGUUCUGGAUUCGGGCGACCUCCAGGAUAGAUCGGCCUUUCAUCUUCGCGAGCCUGAACCGCAGUCCCCACGUAUGGCCAAUGGGCAUCAGGAGCAAGUACUUCGUAGAUCCCCUGGGCGUUCUGGAAGGAGGGAUACACUUCUGCAGGCGCUUCGUGGUCGUCGGUGGCCGAUCCAUCGACAAGCAGGAUUGGGUGCGCCAGGCGCUCCUGUACCAUUACCGCAUCGGAUACAGCAGCGUGUCGAAAAAAAAAUUCGCUAGGGAUACGAGCAUGCUGGUUUGGAAGGAGCCAGUGAUGGCUUCGCCUUUGAUAGCGAAGCCCAACUUCUGGAGAAGCGCUGCGUACAAAAUGCACGACGCCCUGUGGAACAGUUUCGACGUGGUGCUGAGACUAGCUCAGCGAAACUACACGGGUGUCUUAUGACUUGAUCCUGUCCCCUGUCAACAGCGCCAAAGUUCAUUUGAGCAUCCGGAUGGUGGGGACAAAACUGCAACUGUUUUUUUUCCGUAGUCAGAAGAAAACUUAUUAAAGUGUCUGAAUCCAGAGUGCAGUUCGUUAUACAACAUUAUCAGCAGGAGCUGGCUACUCUCAUUCCCGUGAAAUAAACUCAUAAUAACGAAAAAGAAAAAAGAAUAUACUGAAGAAUAACGGGAGACGUUGCGCUGCAAAGAUUUGCACACAGAUAUUACGACUGGCAC